UUCAAUUUAUCAGUAUCUUGUUUUGCACAUCUGAACACCUACAUUUUAAACUGAUAUAAUCAGGAACAAUUCAAAACAUGUCGUUUCUAGUAAAUUUAUUUGGUGGCAGUAAAAAUAAAAAGCAGAAAGCUGAAAUUAGUGAGACUAUUAGAUAUAACCAAAACGGAGAAUUUCACAAUGACAAUCAUAACGAAUCUAUACCAGAUGCAGUAUUUGUGAGAAAAUUUUCGUUAUCUAAAAGUGGCAGAUUGAAAGAAAAAAAGAGAAAACAAGUACCCGUAGCUGAGCAUUUUAAUAUUAAUUCUGACGGUGAUAACAAACGGACUGAAACUGUGCAAAAGACUAAUUAGUACAAGUACGUAAUUUAGGAUAUCGAAUUUAUAAGUUAAUUAAGUACUCGUUAUGUACAAUAAGUAAGAGAACUUUUUUAAUCUGAUCAUUAUUAUAGUAACUUUCUAUUUUUGUUGUUGUGUAUUGUGAUUUAAUCAACAAAUUAACUUUAUUGUUAAUCAAACUUCAUGUCUACAUCAGAAGUGUUUUAUUUUAUACGUCAGUUAUGGAAUAUAUUGUGUGGAUCAAUCAUACUGCUAUUAUCUAACGAAAGAAUUAUUUGUUCUAGAUUUUUCAUAAAAUAUUUCAACGAAUGUAUAAUUUACACACUUUAGGAAAUAGAAUAAGAUUAUUUUUAUUAGGAAUGUUAUUCUAACCUUUUUUUGUGAAAUUCCUGCAUGAAAGUGAUUUACUCUCAAGUUUUAUCAACUAUCUGUGAUUGAUGAUGCUAUUCAUGGAUCUCAAAAUUUCAAGAUGGCUAGAAGCUUUUUAUGAACAAAAUAACGAUUUGAUAACUCUACCAGGAAAUGCAGUUUUGUCGGACAUAAAUGGAGAUGGGAAUUACAAUUUAAUUAUAAAUGACAUAAAAUUAGAUAAAAAUAGAAGUAGAAUGAGAAUAUAUAAAGGAACAUCUUCAUCUGAUUUUCCAUUACCGGACGUUCCCAAUUCGAUUAUUUCAUUUUAUACUGAUGAACUAGAACCAAGAAUACCAGCAAUUGCAGUGGCUUGUGGUUGCAGUUUAUAUAUUUAUAAAAAUAACAAACCUUUUUAUAAAUUUCAAUUACCAAAAUGUCAAGGGUUACCCGAGGAAAUCGAUGCUUGGAAAAAAGUGUUCGAUGUUAAAGCCGAUAUAUCUGACCAAAUAGUCGAUGAAUUAGUUAAAGACCUCUCUGCUUUGCCUUUUCAAUCACUAGCUAACAGAUCUCAAGAAGUUUUAACGACCAACAAAUCUAGAAUACCGGAUAUUGUUAAAAGAAUUAACGUCAACGAUAUUUCCAAGGAAUAUCCUAUAACUUGUAUGGAUACAUUGAACCGAAAUUCGAAUGAUAAGGACGAUGUUUCAUGUCCAGUAAUAGCUACAGAAGCAGGAAACAUAUACAUUCUGGAUCCUCAGACCUUCAACAUUUUGCAUCAGGCAAAUACAGACAGAACUAAAGUGAUUCCUUUCAGUAUAAAAGCAACAGGAACGUUCAACGUGGACUUUAGAAUCAUGAUUGCUUGUAGGCAAGGCCAUAUAUGCGUCUUGAGAAGGAAUUGGCUAGAAGGUAAAAACAUAAUUCAAAUGAAUUCCAACAUAGUCGAUUUCGUUAUUUUGCCCGAAGACAAUUUUAUUGUGGUUGCUACUACGGAUAAAAUGAUCAAUUGUUUCACUAAGCGGGGGCAACGACUCUGGUCAGUUAAACUGUCCCAAACUAUUACUUGCUUAUGUUUAGUACAAAUUGGACACAUCAGAGUUAAUUUAUAUGGUGUUGGACUGGAUAACGGUUUGAUACAACUGUAUCAAGGAAGAAACAUCGUAGAUCAAACCACUGUUUCCGAUGUUCCCUCUGUGAUCUUAUUCGGUCCACUUGGUCAAGAGGAGCACGCUCUUUCAAUAAUCACUAAAGCUGGUACUGUAAUAUUUAGAAUAUUGAAGCGAACAGCAGAUUUUUCAGUGCCUAAUACAGAAAAUGUACCACAAUUUCAAACAAAGCCUUUACCACUACCUAAAAGAAGCAAAUUAUUUUUGGAACACAGCAUGAGAGAGCGAGAGUCAGCUGUUGAUAUUCACCAAAGUUUCCAAAAAGAUUUAUUGAAACUAAGAUUAGAUGUUGCUAAAUCUCUACUUCAGUAUAAAUCGAAUGAAAAUGAAAUUGCAAAUUUCAAAGGAUAUUUAAAAUUAUCGGCACAGGUCUUGGGUAUUGGAACUAAGUUUACCGUCAUUUUUACACUAGAAAAUUUAGAUUCUACUAAACCUUUGAACGGAGUUUCGAUGGUUUUACAUGUGAAACCAUACAAUUAUAUUUGUUCAAAAAAUAGAGUAUUGAUUCCACUUUUAUUACCAGUGUCUUCAUAUAAAGUAAAAGUGGGGAUACAAGAAGUUAUCCAUGAGGAUCAAAUACACGCUUCUAAGAUGGGAGAAGUAUGUGUCAUUAGAAUAUUUAUUAUUCAUGAAAAUAACCCACAAACUCAACCAUUGUUAGCUGCAACAGUGACUAUGCCUAUGUCUGACAAUUCACUUGUUUAAAAAUCAUUGUUUUUCUAACGAUUAAGAUAUUUAGCGGUGCAUAUUCUAAAUAAAUAUUAAAAGUACAAAA